GGAUACAUGCCAUUCUGAUGAAUUGCCAAGGGCUGCUGACUUCUUUGUUUGCUCUGUUUACUGCCUGUAUUACCUGUUGUCAUUGUAGACUCACCUGUAGUCUUACCUAGUGGGAAGAAGAGACGGGAGGAGAAACCAGAGAGCGUUUUAGGACAAAAGGUAGAGGCGAGGUAAGACGAGUUGGAGGUUUUGACAACAAGAGUGAGCAGAGAAGAGAAAUAAUCGACAAGUAGCAAAAGAAGCUACCAACAUUUUCGCCUCCCACCAUGUCUUUGUCCAAGCCAGAGGAGCAGCUAGCCUAUGAGCUCAGCUGCCCCAUCUGCCUUCAGCUCUUCUCUGAUCCAGUGGUUCUUCCCUGUGGCCACAACUACUGUCAAGCCUGCAUCGGCAAGACCACGGACAAGAGCGACAAAACACUUCCACGUUGCCCAGAGUGCCGCGAGGAGUAUCAGGGUGUGGAUUCCCUGCAGAAAAACUUCAAACUCUGCAGCAUCAUCGAGGGUUACCGAGCCGCCACACCGCAGCUGGACAGACAGCCUGAGACUGAGCCGCCCGAGAGGAUGGAGGUUUACUGCGACCACUGUAUAGACGAGCAGACACCGGCUGUGAAGACCUGCCUGAAGUGUGAGGUGUCGCUGUGUUCCCGGCACCUUCAGAGACACCAGGAGAAGGAGUCGUUCAAGGCACACACUGUGGUGGAGGCCCUGGGUGAGCUAGGGGUGAAGGGCUGUGCCACCCACCGGCUUCCCCUCGAGUAUUUUUGUUCAAAGGACAUGACCUUGAUGUGCAGCGAGUGCUUUAUAGAGGGCCAUCACCAGAACCACGAUGUUCUCACCUUCAGUGUUGCCGAAGAGGAGAUGAGGCGAGCGCUGGAGAGCCGCAGCAAGGUGGUUUCUUGCAGGCUGCAGAUAACUGAGAGUCUUCUACAGAAGUCAGCCGAGGAGCAAGGAGCCUCUGAAGAUACAGGGGACAAACUGGUCAACAAGGCUGUCACUGUCAUGGACAGUAUAGCUGCACUAGUGUACAGGUACAGGGAGCGUCUGCAUGUGCUAUUGGAGGAGGAGAGACACCUGCGCAGAAAAAGCUGGCAGUUUGGACUGACUGCACUCGAAGAGCAACAGCAGCAGUUAGUGGAGGCUCAGCGAAGUGCCACGCAAGCCCUCAGUGAGACAGACGCAUGCAUGUUCAUACACAGGUUCAUGCUGAUUGAACAUAAGCUGAGAGAAGUUGUCACGGGAGCCAGUCCUUCCACGCUCCCCUCAAAGGCUCCGCUCAACACCAAGCGUCUACAGACGGGCCUCAAAACCCAAGACUUCCGCUCAGAAAUGACCCGCCUCCUGGAUUUCCUCCAUGUCCUCCUGAACCCCCUGGAACUCACCUUCAACCCAUGCAGCGCCCACCCCAGCCUGAUAGUCUCCAACGAUCUGCGCACAAUCAAGUACAGCCCCACCAAGCAGCCAUAUGCAGAGAACCCGGAGCGUUUUACAAGCGCACCCCAGGUUCUGUGCAGCCAGGCGUUCUCGAGUGGGGAGCACAUAUGGGUGGUAGAAAUUGGGGCCGGUAGCAUGUGGUCGCUGGGUGUGUGUUACAAGAGCAUCCCUCGCCGUGGUGACCACAGUCGUUUGGGACACAACUCUGUUUCCUGGCGGCUGCAAUGGAAAAACGGCAAGCUGACAGUGUGCCAGACGUCCUGCAACGUGGCUCUGGGGGAAAUCACCAAUCAUCCAAUGAGGAUUGAGAUGGCGCUGAACUAUGAGGCGGGGACAUUAAUGUUCCACAACACCAAAGGGCGCAGGGAGCAUCUCCACACCUUCAGGGCUGUGUUUAGGGAGCCCGUUUACCCAGCGUUCAGUAUACAUUCAAACACACCAGAGUCCUGGAUCACACUGCACAGUGAGAUGUGAUUAAACCACAAGUAACAUGCAGCCUGGGCAUUGUUCUAGAUUCAGAGUUACAUUUUACUUCACACAUAAAGAAGGUGACCAAAACAGCUUUUUAGUACUUAAGAAACAUUGCCAAAGUAUGAUCAUUCCUAUUUUAUAAAGAUGCUUAUACAUUUUUUUUUAUUUCAAAUAGAUUAGAUUAUUGCAAUGCUCUUUUUACUGAGCUUCCCAAAUAGUCAAUUGAAAUAUGUCUUACUUAUUAAUAUGUCUAUACUUAUUCAGAACUGUGCCCCCAGUUUUAGCUACACUACAUUGGCUACCACUAUCUUUUAAAAUAGAUUUAAGGUUCUUUUACUUGUUUUUAAAGCUCUCAGUGGUUUGGGAACAGCCUACAUUGCAGACUCUCUGUCGUUCUAUAAUCCUUCACGAGAUCUCAAAUCUGCCUAUGCUUGAUUACACACAAUUAUACACACAAGGAAAUAGGCAUUUUUUUAACUAUUCUCAAAAAUGAUGGGAUACCCUACCAGGAGCUAUAGGAGAUGCGGGCUUUGUGGACAUUUUUAAACGACCGCUUAAAACCUAUUUAUUUAAUUUGGCUUAUAAUUUUGACCAUUCUUCUUCAUAUUAUUAUCUGCUUUACUAAUCCUCUCUAUUAUUUUUAAUAGUCUAAAUGGUCUUUGAUUUUUUUUUUUACUUGCACUUAUAUAUUUUAUCAUCUUUUUAUUGUCUUAUUUCAUUGUCUAUUUUUCCUUGUUGAAAUGUGUUGCAUUAUUAUUUUUUUUUACCGUAAAGCACAUUGAGCAACAUCUGUUAUAUGAAAAGUGCUUUAUAAAUAAAGAUUAUUGUUACUAACACAACUUGUAAUGUUCAAUAUUUUCCAUAUAUAGAAUUUGUUUGGAUGUUCGACCAAGUAAAUUGGCCUCCAACAGAGACUUUUUUUUUGUACUUGUGGAUUUACUGGUUUCUUUCAAAAGUCUGUAUGGAAAACAUUCAUAAAAGUGCAGAUCGGUUAAGAAUUCUGCCAAGAUGGGUUGCAUUUAUGUGUAAUUGUAGUGGAAAAAUGACUUUCCUGUUCAGAAAUUAGCUUGUUGUUCUGUAUCCCACAAUUCAGAACUUUGGCUACCCCAAAAAAUACUCACUGGAAAACAAUGCUUCUUAAUGCCAUGCUUUUAUACAAAACCAUGACUGCAUUAAGGAACUGAAGCAUUUUAAUCACCAGAUAAUUUGUUUACAAAAACUUUUUUAUUCACAAUUAGGAAGAUUGUUGUGGAGUAUAGAGAUCAAUAAGCAUGUUCCAUAAAUUAAUUUGCUUUUUUUUGCCAUUUGUUUAUCUGAGAGAUGCUAACAUUUAUCAUGUUUUUCUGUCUGUUUAUUGAAAGUUAACUGAAUGUCUACUGAAUGGUUGUGUGGUUUCCUUGUAAGUUCUUUAUAUACAGUAAACAUUGACGUGCGUGAACACUGACAUUUAGGGGAGACUUGCUUGUGUUUAUGCUACAAAUAAACUCUGAUGGUAAUGCA